AUGCGCAUCUCAUUCACACCGUCCUCACAAGCCGAAGGUCGAGGGCGCAAACCGAGGCAGAAACAGAUUCUACCACAGGAGGACAGCGCAUAUGCCCACCAUCUCCAAUCUGAAUGGGCUUCUCAUAGAUCGAGAGAGAAGUUUGGAAUGGUCGAAGGGGACGAUGCGCUUUUCAAAUUUGCUUUGCGACCGCGGAUGCGGAGUGAACAGGGCGAGGAAAGGAUGGAGCAGUUUGCGCAGGCACUUACCCCCAAGACACAACCAACGAUGAUGAGCUGA